AUGGCGUUGCCGGGCUGGGCGCUGCUGCUGCUGCUGCUACUGACCUUGACCGCGGUGGAAGCAAGCAAAGAUCUCCGUGGCAGCUGCGGAGACUGGAUGGAAGAGCUUCCAUGUGGAAAGGCAGUAUACCUUUGGCUGUUCAUCGUCCUUCCAAAUGGUGUCCUUCAGAUCACAGAUGUCCAGGAAGGAGAUGCUGGGGUCUACCAUUGUGUGGCAACCAAUGUAGCAGGAAGACGCUACAGCCUGGAUGCUCCCCUCACUCUCUUAAAAGGUCACCAACAACCAAUGAUGAGUGAUGUGGUCAUUAUCACUGCACCAGAGAAUGCCACAGUGGUGAUUGGAGACACUGUUGUGAUGGAGUGUGUCGCAUCGGCAAAUCCCACACCUUUCAUCUCUUGGAUACGGGAAGAUGGGAAUCCGAUUUCUACAGAUGUGAUUGUGUUAGGACGGACCAACCUUGUGAUCCUUUCUGUUCAGCUUCAUCAUGCAGGAGUCUACGUAUGUCGGGCCAACAAACCCCAAACCAGGCACUUUGUAACAGCUGCAGCUGAGCUUCGAGUCCUUGCUCCUCCUACAAUCUCCCAGGCACCUGAAACCAUUUCUCGCACCAGGGCCAGCACCGCUAGGUUUGUCUGCAAAGCAGAAGGAGAGCCGUUGCCCACCCUACACUGGACGAGGAACGGAAAGCGGCUCCUGUCUAAAGGACGGGUUAAAAUCCAGGGCAGCGGUACCCUCGUGAUCAACCAGAUCGGCUUGCACGACGCUGGCUAUUACCAGUGCGUGGCUGAAAAUCACCUCGGCAUGGCCUGUGCUACGGCCAGGCUAGAGGUGAUCGUGCGGGAAGGCCUUCCCAGCGCUCCGAAGAGGGUAACGGCAAGUUCUCUCUCCAGCACCACGGUCUUGGUAUCCUGGGAACGGCCGGAGUUCAACAGUGAGCAGAUUAUUGGAUUCUCUCUUCAUUACCAAAAAGCCUUGGGUGCUGAUAACAUGGAAUACCAGUUUGCAGUGAAUAACGACACCACUGAGUUUUCGGUGAAAGACUUGGAACCCAACACCAACUAUAUCUUCUACGUGGUAGCCUAUUCCCAGCUUGGAGCUAGCCGGACCUCCUCAUCCAUAAAUGUUCAGACCCUGGAAGAUGUUCCUGGUGGAGCCCCUCAGAUUUCCCUGUCCAGUACAACUCCGACUGACAUCAAGGCAACAUGGCUGCCUCUCCCUUCAGAACUGAGCAAUGGAAAGAUCAUCAAGUACAAAAUUGAGUAUGCUUCUCUCAAGGAAGACCUGAUUUCAUCAACGGAGCUCAGUGGAAAUGAAACCCAGCUGGUGCUUUACGGAUUACAGCCAAACAAAAUCUACAAAGUUCGGAUCGCGGCAAGCACCAGUGUGGGCUAUGGAGCUCCAUCCGAAUGGACUCAGCACCGCACUCCAGAUCGGGACAACCAAACCCAUGUUCCCUUUGCCCCAGCUGAGUUAAUGGUCCAAUCCAAAAUGGACUCGCUGUUGAUCAGCUGGCAGCCUCCCCCCAACCACGGACAGAUUUCAGGCUACAAGCUGUAUUACCGAGAAAUACUCACAGAGGAGUCAAGCAUGGUGAUCCCUUCGGAAGGCCCAGGGAACCGACUUUGGGAUGUCAGACCCAUAAAACUGAAGAAGAAGGUGAAGCAACACGAACUGAGGCAAUUAGUUCCCGGACAGCUUUAUGAAAUCAGGCUGGUGGCAUUCAACAAGCAUGAAGAAGGCUAUGCGGCCGUGUGGAAAGGCAGGACAGAGCGAGCACCUGUCACCGCAGCUGAUCUUCCAGUUCAUAAAGGUCCCCCACCACCUCCUGGGCAUCUCCAUGUCUAUUCCAAUAGUUCCACAACGAUUUCACUGCGGUGGAAGAAGCCCAACUUCACCACCGUGAAGAUCGUCAACUACACAGUCCGGUUCAGCCCUUGGGGGUUAAAGAAUGCCUCGCUUGUGAUGUAUUACACAAGCUCUAAAGAGGACAUUCUUAUCAGCGGCCUGAAACCAUUCACAAGAUACGAGUUUGCAGUACAGUCCAACGGUGUUGGAAUGGACAGUCCGUUUGGAAACGUGGUGGAGUGUUCCACCCUCCCAGACAGGCCCUUCACUCCCCCUUCUGACCUGCGGUUACACCCCAUCAACCCAUAUGCGGUCCAGCUUCACUGGUGUCCCCCUUUGGAACCGAAUGGCAUCAUUGUGGAAUACACCAUCCUCUACAAUGCCAACUGCACCCAGCCGGAUGAGAUGUGGACUCUGUUGACCAAAGAGGGCAGUAUCUUCAGCGCUGAAGUUGAUGGGUUGCAGAGCGACACCAGAUAUUUCUUCAAGGUGGGAGCCAAGACGGUUGUAGGAUCAGGACCAUAUUCUAGCGUCAAAGAUGUGCAGACCUUGCCAGAGGGAUUCACAGAUAUCUUAGUUCAUUCUAUCACCGGAGUCACGGUAGCCAUUUGCCUGCUCUGCAUCGUCUUCUGUGCCUGUGCCAGCUUUCGCAACAAUUACCUGAAGAAAUCUAUGCCUGGUUUGGAUUCCCAAGCUUCAGGAAGCCAUGUGUACCACCACCGGAGCCGACAGGCAGCGCCCCUCUCGGUGAUCCCUUCAACUUCCCACGAAAUGGAGUCCCUCAUGGCUCCCCUUUCUGACGGCGCUCCUUCACCUCCAAGCGAUUGUGCAGAGCUGACUGAAGCUCAUGGUCUCAUCCAUGGUCAUCCUCUGGAGGACAAUGUGGGCCACCUCCCAAUAAAGCCUCCGUGGGAGAAAUCUCUCAACAGCUGGACAAACAGCAUUGCUGGCUACGGAGUCCCCAUUCCAAAAGAGCCCACCAUGACUUUGAAUGGAUCACUGAAGAUGGCUUCCAAUGGAGGACAGAAGCUCUUGUUGCAAGCUCUGGUUUACGAGGUUGUCACGAAUGAAGCGAAAAAGGAGCACCCACCCAGUAGCCUCAAUCAACUGGAAGCGGAGGUCAUUGUCCAUUCGGAUUUCUUGGCCUCCAGCCGAGAUUGUGGCUCCCAACUCCACAUGCUGGACCUGGAAAGGACCCCCUGUAAGGAUUGUGAACCAGAAACAUUCCCCAUGGAAGACCUACCGAAACAGGUGUCUUACCGUUCCUCUCAGCAAGAUCUCAGUGUUAUAUCCCAAGACCAAGACCUCAAGGGUGAGCCUGAAGAACCCGAUACAUUGCUGAAGAUCAAGAAAGAGGCUCCCCGGAGAGCUUCCAAAUUACAUGGAGCAGAUCCCAACCACAAGGCUUUCUACAUGGUGGCCUCUCUAAUAGAAUUGACUCGCCUUCCGGGUUUGAAAAUGCAGCAUGCGUCCACCAUCUUUGAUGAGAGCUUUGAUUAA